AUGAAAUGGUGGUGGAGGAGGAAGAGGAAUAAGAAGCUGAUAUUAGCAAACAAGAGAGGGGCGAAGUUGUUAGAAGAUCUGAUCGAAUGUUGCGAUGGUAAAUCCAAUUCCAUCAAAUUCUUCUCCGCUCAUCAGAUCCUCAAAGCCACCGAUUAUUUCAGCCACUCUAAUCUUGUUGCUCUGCACGACUGGUAUUCAGGUAAGAACGAGAACCACCGCAAAAUACUCGUCAGGAAAUUCAAUAGAAAUCGAGAUGGAAGAAUUUGCCGGGACAUAGCAGUAUCAUCGAUGGUGAGUGGUCACAAAAACUUUAUGAAAUUGGUUGGAUGUUGUCUCGAGUGUGAAAAUCCGGUCAUGGUUUAUGAUGAUGUUAAAAAACAUUACGAAUUAGAUAUAAGUAGAGAGCUGUGGGAAAGGAGAAUGAAGAUAGCUGAGGAUAUCGCCAUUGGUUUAGCUUACCUUCACACCGCCUUCCCUAGGCCCUUUGUAUAUAGGAGUUUUUCUGAUGGGAAUAUCUUAUUGGACGAAGAUGGUGUCGCGAAGCUGACUGGUUUCUCUUUCUGCGUCUCAAUUCCACAAGGAGAAACAUUUGUCAAGGUUGACGUAGUGGCCGGAACACUUAAUUACAUGGACGAGAAAUACUAUCGAAAUCUGGUAGUCUCGGAGGAAACGGAUGUGUUUGCCUUUGGAAUAUUAAUGCUAAGGCUUCUAACGGGAGAUGAAAGGUUCUUGAAAUAUGAUGAUGAUGAAGAAGAAGGAGAAGCUGAUGAUGAUGAUGAAGAAGGAGAAGCUGAUGAUGAUUAUGAAGAAGGAGAAGCUGGCGAUGAAGGGUAUGAUGAUGAUAAUAAAUCUUAUCACUCUGCAGCCAUGUCGGAGAUCAAUGAUCAGAGAAGACAAUUUUCAGAAGAAACUGACAGUGAAGAAGAAGGAGAAGCUGUUGGUGAAGAGGAUGAUCUUGAUGACUAUGCAACCAUGGUGAGUCCGGCUAAUCCGUCUUAUUUUAGACGGUUCAAAUUCAUUGAAGAGCGAAGAAUGGAUGAAGUUAUAGAUCCAGAAAUGCUAGAAAAGAUGGGUGAAAUUUCAGAAGAAGAGCUUUCUCAAAUGAAAGCUUUCAAAAUGCUCUCACUGCGAUGCAUCGGUCAUAAAGGGGAAAUUCCAACGAUAGUGGAAGUCGCCAAAGAACUAAAGAAGAUACAAAGAUCUCUUAAUACCACCGAUUCCUCUUAUCCUUCAGGUGAAACCCAGUUAAACUUUGCUCAAGACAUGUCUUCCACAGUCGUCCUCUCAAACCAGACUACAAACACAUAGGCAUUGCUUACAUGUAUCGCCUCUGCUUUCAUGUAUUUCACGAAAUUAUACAAUGGCUUAUGUUGACCUGGUUUCGGUUUCUCAGGAAAAAAGCAGAGGAUGUGUUGAAAAGAACUUCGAUUCUUGUUUGUAAUGAAGACAUUAUCACCUUAGUGCUAUGUGUCUGUAUGUUUUGGCCUUUUGGGUUUGAUCGACCCAUCUGUUUUGAUUAGUGUCAUCAAGAGAUUUUAUGAAAUAUGUGAACCU